UGGAACGCAGCCCAGAAAGCCCCUCCACAGUCAUUGGCCACCAGAAUUUUCGGCCUAGUAUCCAAAAUGGAAGAAUUCCUAUAGUUUCGUCGGUGUAUUUGUGACAAUCUGUGAGCAGCAUCUAUAGAACAACAGAAACACAGCUUCUGUUCUGAUUUGCCCUUCUCUCGUUUUUCCUAUCUCUCUCUCUCUCUCUCUCUUUCUCUCUCUCUCUCUCUACGUUGCGAGAGUAAACAAUUCUAAACGGAAGAAAGAUCAAAGAAGAAUGCGACUGACAUGGGCCGAAGGGAGAUAUGCAUUUUGCCUGCUGAUUCUGCAGAUAGAACUGACGAAUUCACGUACGUCCUGGCGGCUGAACGCAGACAAAGUCGUGAAGACAACCGAUUUCGUAAACACGGUCGAAGACGAUCCGAUUUUUGAUAUCCUUGCGAGUAGCGCGAUUACCAGCAAUGGCCAGAGCUGGAGCAGAACCGCGACCUCGGAGAAGCACGAGAAAGUGCAGAUAUAUUGCCAGGAGUGUAACGGUUUCGUUAGUCAGGAGAGUCCCCUUGGCAGACCACUUUCUCCGUACGAGCUGAAGAAUGCACAAAAUGUCAGCGAGCCUUUUUCCCUGUCUUCGCAAGUGUCAAAUGAGCAAGUGACAUGCGCUUCCAGUCAACAAUGCGACAACAUAAUAUUGGAUUGCGGCAAACCUGUGAACUUUACUUACUAUGAUAAUCUAAUCGGUGUGGCGAAUAGGAACAAGCAUCCAUUAGUGCCAGAGCCUAAUGUGGCACUCAUGUUCAAAAAGAAUGGCGCCAAAACUGUUGAUGUUGAUAUUGAUUUGCUAGAGAAACGUUUGAAGAAGGCAAAGAGAGAGAAACCAAAAUCUGUCCAGCUGUACAAUCAGAUAGGAAAUUUUUGGCGUAUAAAAGGUGACGCGCAGAGAUCAAUUGAGUGUUUUCGCAGAGCACUUGCUGUGUCACCGCACAAUGCAGAAGUGCUCUUGAAUCUGGCUAGAGUAUUACUCGUACAGCAUUAUUUGGAUGAUGCAACAUAUUUAGCUAGACGAUCCUUAGAAUUGCAGCCUCCAGAUCGCAAUGCGUGGGAACAGUAUCUUACACUCGGACAAAUCUUUAAAGCGUACGGGCACUUUCAAGAAGCAGCUGUACAUUUGCGUCACGCGUUAGAAUUAAAACCAGAUCUCACUGACGCUGCCGAUGCUCUAAAAGAGGUAGAGCUACCUGCUGCGAGUAUACAUAUCUACACGUUGCUAAUUAUCAUUUGCUUGGGAUUAGGUGUGAUAUUGGUUGUAGUAAGUAGUCUGGAAUGGGACGAGGAUUCCACUCUAGUAAGCGGACAGCUUCAGCGUCCGGUACAACGGCAUUUUAGUCGUGCUAUGGCUAUGCGCAGCUUACGACUCAAUGUCGCUCGCAAACGCUGCUGAAAAUGUUACUGUGAAAACUCAGUUGUUUAUACGUGUGAUAGAACCAACUUUUUAUGCCGCAAUUAAUUUAUCUCCCCCGCAAAAGGUAUUAUUUGUAAACGUGAUUCAUACUGAUUCUUGAGAUGCACCAACUGUUUAUUAUGUAUCUCCAGAAAAAAUAUACGACAAAAUAUAUUAAAAUUUUAUUGCUGCUUUUUUAUUUUUGAACCUGAA